AGCCUAGAGCCUACAACAGUGACUCCAACUAGGGCUGUGGUGGCUGUACACCCUCGAGGCGCAGGAGGGCACUCUUCACUCUGUUUGUGGUUUGUCUGCGCAUGUGUGACAGUCGGCCAUGGCGGCGAUGUAUGUUUGUCCAUGAGGCGGGAAGGGAGACCUAUUAUUUCGGAUUAACACGAGCAACACCAAAGUGAACGAUUAUGGCUGGAGUAUUCGACAUAGAUUUGGACCAGCCGGAGGAAAAUGUUUCCGACGAGGAGCUGGAGGAGACGCAGAUCACUGACUUCAUGGAUCAAUGCAGUGGAUUUGAGUUUAACAUGGAUGAUUGUGAGAAGAUUGAAAUAUCUGAGGACAGUGUGAACCAGGGCUCGGAAAACAUCAAGCCUGAGUGUUUCGAGCUUCUGCGUGUGUUGGGCAAAGGAGGGUAUGGUAAGGUUUUCCAAGUACGAAAAGUAGCCGGAGCAGCAUCAGGAAAAAUAUUUGCCAUGAAGGUUUUAAAGAAGGCCAUGAUUGUGCGCAACGCUAAAGACACUGCCCACACCAAGGCGGAGAGGAACAUCCUAGAGGAGGUGAAGCACCCCUUCAUCGUGGACCUGAUUUACGCCUUCCAGACGGGGGGCAAGCUCUACCUGAUCCUGGAGUACCUGAGCGGUGGCGAGCUCUUCAUGCAGCUGGAGAGGGAGGGCAUCUUCAUGGAGGACACAGCCUGCUUUUAUUUGGCAGAAAUCUCCAUGGCUCUCGGCCACCUGCACCAGAAGGGCAUCAUCUAUCGAGACCUCAAGCCAGAGAACAUCAUGCUUAACAACCAUGGCCAUGUGAAGCUAACAGACUUUGGUCUGUGUAAAGAGUCUAUCCAUGAUGGGACGGUCACGCACACCUUCUGUGGUACCAUAGAAUACAUGGCCCCAGAGAUCCUGAUGAGAAGUGGUCACAACAGGGCUGUGGAUUGGUGGAGCCUUGGUGCUCUCAUGUACGACAUGCUGACGGGAGCACCACCAUUCACGGGAGAAAACCGUAAGAAAACCAUUGACAAAAUCCUGAAGUGCAAGCUAAACCUGCCACCCUACCUCACCCAAGAAGCCAGGGACCUCCUCAAAAAGUUGUUGAAAAGAAGUGCCUCCUCUCGUCUCGGAGCUAACGCUGGUGAUGCUGGAGAGGUGCAGGCACACCCCUUCUUCAGACACAUCAACUGGGAGGAUCUGCUGGCCAGGAAGGUGGAGCCGCCCUUCAAGCCCUUCUUGCAAUCGGCUGAAGACGUGAGCCAGUUCGACUCCAAGUUCACCAGCCAGACACCUGUGGACAGCCCCGACGACUCCACCCUCAGCGAGAGCGCCAACCAAGUCUUCCUGGGUUUUACGUAUGUAGCUCCAUCUGUGCUGGAGAAUGUAAAGGAGAAGUUCUCAUUUGAGCCAAAAAUACGCUCCCCCCGACGCUUCCUAGGAAGCCCAAGAACACCCAUCAGCCCAGUGAGGUUUGCUGGGGACUGCUGGCACGCGGGGCCCCCCCUGCCCGUGGGUGCGUCCCUGGCGCGGGAGCAGGCCAUGGAGGAGUCCAGCCUGGAGCAGAUGGACGUGACUGCUAGCAGCGAGGCCUCGGCACCCCUGCCCAUCCGCCCCCCCGCUGGCGCCCCCAUGGGCCAGUUCAAGCAGCAGGCGUACCCAGUCAUGGCCAAGCGGCCCGAGCACCUGCGCAUGAACCUAUGACCCACAGCACCUCCUCUGGGCCGGGGGUGUCUCUGCGUCUGAUUGGAUGCCAGGGAGAAGGGUGAGGGGCAAAAAGUACCAGCUCCACCCUGCCUGCUUUUGGGUGUCAUCUCGUGUGUGUGUGUGUGUGUGUGUGUGUGUGUGUGUGUGUGUGUGUGUGUGUGUGUGUGUGUGUUUUAUGUAUGUAUGUAUGUAUGUAUGUAUGUAUAUAUCUAUGUAUGUAUGUAUGUAUGUUUGUGUGUGUGUAUGUGUGUCUAUGUCAAUGCAGUCUGAGUGAGUGUGAAUGUUGAUGUAUCUCGACAUUGUGUGUGUGUGUGUGUGUGUGUUUUGUGUGUCCCCUGCCUUCAGGUCACGUUCUGCUGCCUCUGUGCAGUGUGCGUAUCAGCAUUGGGGCUGGAGACUUUGUGUGUGGAAAUACAAAGAGACUUUUGAACUCAAGUAUACCAUCAAAGAAGAGGAUGGGGUGGAAUCACAAAUGACUUUCUUUGCACUGUUUUCUAUGUGCAAACUAAUGACCUGGUGCUCAAUGCAGGAUGAUCAAGUGCUGUCGAGGAGUUGCUGCCGUGGGAUGAUCUGGAUUUUCACGGUGUUGCUUGGGAUGCAAUAUAGCUUUCCUAGUCAGUAUGAAUUGUGUAAAUCAUUGUGAUUUAAAAAACAAGGAGGAAGAGAGACUUAAUUUGCAUUAAGCGGAGGUUCGUUGUAUGGUUAACGUCUUAAAAAUUUGACUAAACGAAUUCUUACUACACAGCUCAAAGGAAUGAUGGAUCUACACACAAGAACCUCAAUAAAGCAAAUAUGUUUACUUUUUAA